ACCCGAUUACUACGAAUAUCAAUCACACAUCCACUCACAUACGAAACUCAUGGUUAUCUGGCGAUGCGAAAUCUCAAGAUCGUGGGGAGAUCGCUCCUGCGAUUUUCCGGGGAGGAUCCGUUGCCACUUACUGCUACAGCCUGGGACGCCGCUUCAGAUACGUUAAUAUGCGCGUUUGGGCCUGCAGAAUCACGUGCAGCCAUCGAGCUCAAAAGACUGCACUAUGCCCGCAGCGAUGCAGAGGCGCGACUCGAGAGCAUUGCUUCGUGGGAUGCACCGUGCCCGCUACCCUCGCUAAGCCAUGACUCAAUCUUGAGCCUACACUAUUUUUCAGAUACAUCGACAUCAUGUUUGAUCUUGGCAGGGGGAGACAUCGUACUGGUCCGAGAAAACCCUCUGCCGACGGAAGAGCUGGUCGAGAUUGUGGGGUCCGUAGAUGCUGGAAUUUCGGCAGCCGCUUGGUCGCCAGACGAGGAACUACUCGCCAUCACCACACAGGCGGACACCCUUUUACUGAUGAGCCGUGAUAUCGAAAAUGUGGCAAACAUCACUCUCACUGCCGAAGAUGUCAACGUCUCAAACCAUGUUUCUGUGGGCUGGGGAAAGAAAGAAACGCAGUUCAAGGGGAAAAGAGCCAGGGCGUUGCAGGAUCCGACUGUGCCGGAGACAAUAGACGAAGGAGCAAUGAGCUUGUUCGACGAUCGUUCUGUUACCAUCAGCUGGCGAGGCGACGGAGCGUACUUUGCGGUCAACAAAGUAGAAGAAGAACGCCGCCGCAUGAUUCGUGUUUACUCAAGAGAAGGACAGUUGGACAGUGUUAGCGAACCGGUCGAUGGCCUUGAAGGAGCUCUCAGCUGGCGACCGUCCGGCAAUUUGAUUGCAGGCGUGCGACGUUCCACGGACAAGAUCGAAGUCAUCUUCUUUGAGCGAAAUGGCCUUCGUCAUGGUCAAUUUGACCUGCGACUGCCCGAGGAAGAGCUCGCGUCUUUAACAAUACCUUUAACGCUCAGGUGGAACAGCGAUUCCAAUGUUCUAGCUGUAUCAUAUUCCAACAAAGUACAGCUGUGGACCAUGAGCAACUACCAUUACUAUCUCAAGCAAGAAUUAUCAUUCCCUGAGACUGCUCUUGAAAAGGUCACUUGCACAUGGCACUCGGAGCGACCGCUGGUGGUGGCUUUGUCAACUCCAGGUACGCUUCAAGUACUCGAAUAUGUAUCGUCCACAGCAACUGGUUCGGUUGCACCCCCGAAUGACUUCGGAAUGGUUGCAUCGAUAGAUGGACUGUCUCUGAAGCUUACACCGCUGAGGAUCGCCAAUAUUCCUCCUCCAAUGUCGCUGCAUACGCUUGCGCUCCAGCACAAGCCCGUUGACGUUGCACUAUCUCUGUCUGGAAAUCAUCUCGCGGUACUUUCAGAUCAUGAUCUUGCAGUAUAUGCUCUCGACAUGAGCAAAAAACCUCUUCCAAGACCUCUCCUGCUCUGGCGGAGCGACGCGAUCAAAGACUAUUGUCCACGACAUGUCACAUUCGUUGGUGACAAUCAGAUUUACGUUCUUACUGACCAUUGGGAUGAAGAUGGAAGCUAUCUCUGGCGGUGCGAAGGUGAAGACCUGCUUCUUCAAGGUCCUGUUGUAGAGGCUGAGGGUGCCUCCUUAUUGACGUCUAGUGUUGAUCUUGAGACGCUAUACCUGCAAUUUCAAAACGGAGCGCUACACCAAGUCAGCACCGAUGAAGCCACGGCAGAUCUACCUCCUCAAACUUCUCUUGUACAAAAGUUCCCUUCGUUCCCUCCCGAAAUCCAGGUCAUCGACAUUGACGGACAGACUCUAGCUUUCGGUCUUACAAAAGGAGGCGUGCUGUAUGCCAAUGAGCGGAUUUUGGUCCGGAACUGUACAUCAUUUGUAGUCGCGCCGGCUCAUCUCAUUUUUACAACCACUCAGCAUGUUCUCAAGUUCGUGCACCUCACUAGCGCAAACGAGCUUGAAGUGCCUGCAGACGAACCGCAGAAAGACGAGCGUUGCAGAAGUAUUGAGAGGGGGGCCAAAAUCGUCACAGUCAUGCCGACAACAUACUCAGUAGUACUUCAGAUGCCGAGAGGCAAUUUGGAGACUAUAUAUCCACGCGCGCUCGUUCUUGCGGCUAUUCGCCGCAGCAUUGAGGCAGAGCGCUACGACGAAGCCUUCCUUACCUGCCGUAACCAACGCGUAGACAUGAACAUACUCCAUGAUCAUGAUCCGGAUCGAUUCAUGUCCAACAUUGAAAGAAUUGUGACUCAGAUCAAGAGAGUAGAGCAUCUUGACUUACUGCUCUCCCAACUUCGUAAUGAGGACGUCUCGGAAACAAUGUACAAGGAAACACUAAAGACGAAAGACUUAGCCGUUAUACCAAAGCUUUCACAUGCUCAGGUAGAUGGCAAGGUUAAUCGUAUAUGUGACGCGUUCUUGGCCGUCCUCGAGCAGUCCCAGUACAAGCACGACCGCUUGCAAAACAUUGUCACAUCUCACGUUAGCAAGGUACCGCCAGCUCUUGAGACUGGGCUAGAGAUGAUAGGUCGUCUACAGGCAACUCAAGAUCAGCUUACUGACAAAGCUGCGGAGCACAUUUGCUUCCUAGCCGACGUCAAUCAACUUUACGAUACAUCGCUGGGGCUGUACAAUCUAGACCUUGCUCUGUUAAUCGCACAGCAAUCGCAGAAAGAUCCUCGAGAAUAUCUCCCUCAGUUGCAGUCGCUGCAGGAUCUACCCCCACUUCGUCGCAAAUUCAAGAUCGAUGAUCAGCUCGGUCGCCAGACAAAAGCACUCGCACAUCUCAAAGACCUGCAGGCCUUCGAUGAGGUCCAGAGUUACGUGCAGCAGCAUGCACUGUUCCCCGAAGCUUUGAAAUUGUAUCAAUAUGAUACUAGCCGGCUGAAGGAGAUCAUGCGUCUCUAUGCAGACUACCUCAGCGUGAACAACAAGAGCAAAGAAGCUGCACUGGCUUACGAGUACCUGCAAGACUACUCGUCAGCUUGGCCGUGCUAUCGUGCAGCGAAUCUAUGGCGUGAGGCAUUAUCGUCCGCUACACUAGCAGGUGUAACCAUAGACGAGCUUGAGUCCAUCGCGUCGUCUCUCGCAGAAGGUCUUGCAGAGUCAAAAGAUUUCCUCUCGGCCUCAACAAUAACCCUCGAUUAUCUCUCUGACAUCGCUUCUGCCGCACGACUUCUCUGCAAAGGUUGCUACUUUGCCGAAGCAGUACGCAUCGUUACUUUCCGUCGCCAACCAGAACUCAUCACCGAAGUUAUCGAUCCUGGGCUCGUGGAACGAAGCGCAGAUAUGACCGAAUUCCUCGCCGAGAUGAAGAGUCAACUACUCGCCCAAGUACCUAGACUUCGCGAACUACGUACAAAAAAGGCAGAGGAUCCUAUGGCGUUUUAUGAAGGCAUGGACGACGGUGGCGUGAACAUACCCGAUAACAUUUCCCUGGCCCCUACGGAUACGACGUCUGGCGGCACAUUCAUGACGCGCUACACGAAUCAAACAGGCACAGUUAACACACAGGCAACGCGUAAGACAAGUAAGAAUAAGCGCAGAGAAGAGAGAAAGCGCGCAAGAGGCAAGAAGGGUACAGUCUAUGAAGAAGAGUACCUGACCAACUCGAUUGAACGUCUUAUCGAGCGCAUCAAUAGUAUGCAGGAAGAGAUUCAGCGGCUUAUUGAAGGCCUGGCUAGGCGUGAUAUGAGAGAGCGUGCUGAGGCCGUAUCGAACGCGGUCACUGAGGUCAUAGAGAAGUGUCAUGAUGCGAUCAAGGAAAUGUAUCCACCCGUUGUCGCAACGGGCGGUCUGCAGGCUGGGCUCGAGGCCGUCAACGGUGCGACAGGUGCAACAGAUGGAGAGAAUCUCAGGCCGACCGGUGGUGACGCUACGCUAUGGGAUAGUCUUCAAGAGGUAGAUAAGAAGAGACAGGCACCAGAGGUGAGAAAGUUUGAGAGGUUGAGUCUCUUGGGAUAGCAAGUAUCAAAUUGAGUGGCAUCUAGCUUACGGGCACUCAGUUAGAAAUCUAUGAAGUACUUACUCCUGCCAGUUGAUCGCCACCACAGUUGGCUCGUCCAACUAAUAAUGAUAGAAAUGAGUUUUGGUUC